CUUCCCCGGAAGUAAUGAGCGAAACGUACGCGGGAAAUAGGCAAAACUUAUUCUGCUGCUGAACGAAACAGGGGAAAAAUGAAGGUGGUGACGUGUGAGAUCGCCUGGCACAACAAGGAGCCUGUGUACAGUCUGGAUUUCCGGCACAGCACAGAGGGACGUUUCCAUCGACUGGCCACAGCUGGGGUGGACACCACAGUUAGACUGUGGCGGGUGGAACAAGGUCCAGACGGGAAGGCUGUGGUGGAGUUUUUGUCUAACUUGGCCCGGCAUACCAAGGCGGUCAAUGUGGUUCGCUUUAGCCCUAAUGGAGAGCUGCUCGCUUCAGGGGGAGAUGAUGCAGCUAUUCUUUUAUGGAAGCUUAAUGACUCCAAAGAGCCGGAGCAGGCGGCUGUGUUUCAGGACGAAGAGGAUUCUCAGCUCAACAAAGAGAGCUGGUCUGUGGUCAAAACACUCAGAGGGCAUAUAGAAGACGUGUACGACAUCUGCUGGACACGUGAUGGAAACUUCAUGAUUUCUGGAUCUGUUGACAACACUGCUAUAAUGUGGGACAUCAACAAAGGUCAGAAGUUGUCUAUCUUGAAUGACCACAAGAGCUACGUGCAGGGAGUGACCUGGGAUCCUCAGGGGCAGUAUGUCGCUACCCUCAGCUGUGACAGAGUGAUGCGUGUUUACAGCACGCAUACCAAGAAGAAGGCUUUCUGUAUCAGCAAAAUGAGCUCUGGACCUCUUGCUGAUGGAGAGGUGAAGCAGUACCGAAUGUUUCAUGAUGACAGCAUGAGGUCCUUCUUUCGCCGCCUUUCAUUCACACCUGAUGGGUCUUUCCUUCUUGCUCCAGCCGGAUGUGUCGAAGUGGGAGAAUCCAUCAUAAAUACCACCUACAUCUUCUCCAGGAAAAGCCUUAAAAGGCCUGUUGCUCACCUGCCCUGUCCAACCAAAGCCACCCUGGCUGUGCGCUGCUGCCCCGUCUACUUUGAACUCAGAACCAAAAAGGGAGAAGAUGGCUCUCCCCUGCCUCUUCCCAACCUCUUUCAGCUGCCGUACCGUAUGGUGUUUGCGGUGGCCUCAGAGGACUCCAUCUUCCUUUACGACACUCAGCAGAGCCUCCCCUUUGGCCUGGUGUCCAACAUCCACUACCAUACUCUCAGCGACCUCACAUGGUCCAGCGAUGGCUCCUUCCUGGCCGUGUCAUCAACAGACGGCUACUGCUCCUUCCUGUCCUUCUCUCCUGGGGAGCUGGGCACGCCGCUGAAAGAGCCCCCCACCUUGGAGGUCUUUGUCCCAAACGGUGGUGUUGAGAAGAAAGGAAAGAAGUCAUCUACAGGCAAAAACUCCUCUCCUGUUUCCCAGUCAUCAAGCUCUGCUCUGAAUCCCACAUCCCAAACCAGCAGUGUUAAAAAAGACUCGCCGUGCCCCACCCCUCUGGAGGAAAAGAGGAGUACCCCUAAAACCAAACCUGGACCACAGCCUCGCAGGAUCACCCUCAACACGCUGGAGGGCUGGGGGAAGCCCACCACCCCGAAAGACUCCACUUCUUCACAGAGUCAGACUCCGACAUCUGGAAGGACGAGCGCACCCUCAACUCCUCAGCCCAGCGUUACGCCCCUCACCCCCACCAACUCCGCUAAAAACAGCCCCCACACCGCACCCCUCACUCCGUCUACAUCCAAGGUUCUCAAUACUGCUGAAUCCACAACCCCAAAAGGUCCCCCCACCCAAAAAGGACCCACCCCAAGGAGGGUGUCUCUGACUCCUGUUGGAUCUCGUUCUCCAGCUGUCAGCUUGAUGUUCAGCAAUACUUCAUCUGCUCAGAAGGCCAAACACGAGCGACCUUCUCCUCCCUCUGAUCCAGUGUGCCAACCUCCAGAAUCCAAACGGCCCAAGACCGGUAACACCCCAGUAAGAAGCAGCGUCGCUAAAGAUUAGCUGCCUGGAGCUGGAGGGAACGCAUGAACCACAGGAGGGCCCACAAAUGUAUAAGAAGUCUUUGUGUCUCUACAUGUAUGACAGUCUGAAUUUACUGUUUGCAUCUUAAAUGUUUUUAUUUAGUUUUGUUUUUUCUUAUUUUGUAAUAAAGCUUUGAGGCUGUUUUAUGGCAAAUAAGUUUUGUAUCUAGAUAAAUCUGAGCUGCAUUGCUUGAAGAAGACAAUGAGAGCACUUCAUGGUUUUGUAGUAGUACAAAUCUGUAACCUUGAGAAAACCAAUGGAAUGUUGGCCUAAUGAGUUAAAAUUGUCAAAAUAAUAAAAAAAAACUGUUGUUUGA